AUGAAGUUUCUUACUGUGUUCAGGAACAUAGAUAUAUCUUACAAUAACUUUUCGGAGAUAUCUGAACCAUCAACUUGUCAAGAUCAUUUCAAUUACUUUCAGAGCACAUCUGGUCAUGAAAACAGCUCAGUAGUAAAUGAACCACUUGAAAGCAUCUCUAUUGACCUUGGUUUCAGUGGUAAUACAUUGGCAGAAGAUCAGAUGCAUUAUUCAUCUCUGUUGACCUUGGUUUCAGUGUGGAAAAACACAAAUUGCAUAAUCCAAAUUGCUACAUGCCUUAGGAUCAUGGGGGCUCUUUUAGUUGGAAUCCCUGUCAAAGAUAUUGCUGGCUGGUGGCGCGUUUGUUUUUGGGUCUCUACAAUUCCAGAUACAAUACUUGCUCUUGCCAUGAUAUUUUGUGCGGAAAGUCCUUCUUGGCUGUACAAGCAAGGAAAAGCUACUGAAGCGGAAGUUGAAUUUGAGAAGCUUUUUGGAGUAGUACAUGUCAAAGUAGCAAUGACAGAGAUGGCCAAGUUAGACAGAGGAGAUGACAUAGAUUCUGUUAAGAUUUCAGAAUUGUUAUCUGGUCCUCAUUUUAGAGUAGUUUUUAUUGGGUCAACCCUAUUUGCUUUACAACAGGUAUCUGGUAUAAAUGCUGUGUUUUAUUUCUCUUCGACUAUUUUUAAGAAAGCGGGAGUACCAUCCAGUCUUGCAAAUGUCUUCAUAGGGAUUGUGAACUUAACAGGAAAGAGGAAUCAACAUGCUUUUUGUGCUGGGUGGGAACGGAACUCAUGCUGGGGAAAAUGUAAUUCACAAAGAGUGCUGUAGAAGAGGGGUAAAGGUGGCUGUUGUUGGGGUCCCCAAAACUAUAGACAAUGAUAUUUUGGUGAUGGACAAAACUUUU